AUUACAGUGGUAGUAAAGUAUAGGUUUACAGAGAAAAAACAUAUCGCUUUUAUCCCAUCCCCACCCGACAGGCUCAACUUGUCAAUAUUUCAAAUGGAACAGAAGCUUCCAAAAUAAAACAAAAAAACAAAUAUUGAUUAAACUUGAAAAAUACAAUUUUAUUAUUGUGUAUGAGUUAAAACAUAAAUAACCCAUUUAUAACUAACAAUAAUCGGUUGACUAAGAAACUAAAAGUACCUUAGUUAAAAACUAUGAAAUAAACAAACAAACGCCAUCAAUACAUUCAAACGAGUUAAAUGCCGAAGUAUUAGCCAACUGUCAUUUCUAACGCAUGUUUCGAUUUGUCAAUUUGAAUGCUAAGCUAGAUUGAAAAUUUCUCUUCGUAAAUAUUGUAGGAGGCAAUUAAAACUAUUACGAUGAUAAAUAUUAUGCAUUUAUGCAUUCUAAUAUUGUUAGAAGAAUAAAUUGUUUAGAGUGUGAGAGCUAUGCUUUAUUCAAUUUAACUAUAAAUUAUAAAAGAUUUGACAAAUAAGCCAGCAACAGCCAUAAGAAUAUUGACCAAUCAGUGCGCUGCUUUCUAAAAACAAAAAUUAGCGCGAAUUAAAUAAGUCGUGUGUGAGUGAGAACUUGUUGUUGAAUAUCUUCACCAACAAGUUGAAAUAUACAUAUAUAAAUAUAUAUCUUUCUCUUCGUUUAUUUUGAUUAACUACAGUUACUUAAAUGGCAUUUUCAAGUCCUAGACCGACACCAAAGUUCUUCACAGAAACUGCAACAUUUAGUACAAAGAAAGCUAGGGGUACACCUCGUGAUUCAUUGCCACCAAAACCUCCUGUGAAGAGUGCACCUCCAUUCAGCCGAAUAUUUGCCCUUCGUUUGCAACAGAAAGCAUUACCUGUAUCAUUCCAUAAAACAAACAACACUUUACUAAAUCCAAACUAUGAUGAACAUAACAAGGAACCUUACUUCAAUCAGUGCUUUGAGGUGGUCUCAAAGAUUGGAGCUGGUUCAUUUGGAGAGGUGUACAAAGUUCGGAGCAAAGCAGAUGGUCAAUACUAUGCUGUUAAAAAGUCUAGAGAAGCAUUUCGUGGAGAAUCAGAUCGGAAAAGAAAACUAGAAGAAGUGGCCAAACAUGAGAAGCUACGCCACCAUCCAAACUGUGUGAAGUUUUGUCAAGCCUGGGAAGAAAUGGGCAGGCUGUACAUGCAGAUCGAACUAUGCAAAACAAGCCUCUAUGAUUUUGCUGAGAAAAAUCACAAUAUUUCUGAAACAUUGAUAUGGAAAUUCCUUGUAGAUUUAUUAAUGGCUUUGAAGCAUCUUCAUGUUCAUAACUUGGUCCACAUGGAUAUAAAAUCAGAAAACAUUUUCUUAUCGUUUGAUGACAUCUGUAAACUUGGUGAUUUUGGUCUUGUUCUUGACGUUAGCAAGGGUUAUGACAUAUCUGAUGCUCAAGAAGGUGACCCUCAAUAUUUAGCCCCUGAGUUGCUUGAAGGAAAGUUUGGUAAGCCUGCAGAUAUAUUUAGUCUUGGUAUGACCAUUCUAGAACUAUCUAGUGAUCUAGAUCUACCCAGAGGUGGUGAGGGUUGGCACAUGCUGAGACAUGGUCAAAUUCCUGAAGAAUUUCUUCAAGGUCGGUCCUUUGAUCUGAAGUAUGUGAUUCGACAAAUGCUGGAUCCUGACCCAACUAGUCGACCAAUAGUUGAACAACUUUUAGCUUUCCCUUGUGUCAGAAAAGUUUACAAGAAACGGAUCAGAGAAUAUAUGAUAAGUAACAUUGUAUCCAAUGCUGUACAUAUAAUGAAUUCCAUUAUGGCUUUUCUGUUCAUGUUGCUCACCUUAAUAUUUACUUAUCCAUUCUCAAAACUGCUUUACAAGGUGGUUUGCCCAGUAACAUCACCUAUGAAUGCCACUAAUCCAGAACUCAGCCUUGUAGACUAUACUGUGUCAGAUGAUGAAACCCUUGAUGCUGAUGUUUCAAGUGAUUCUUAUGGAGUUCCACUGGAUAACUCUAAUUCUGCAGAAAGCUGUUUUGAAGGUGAUACUAGUGGUUGUGGUGCUUUUGAUGAACCCGUUGAUAACCAGUGUUUUGGGCAGAAUCAUAAGCAAAAAGCAUACACAACUCCAAUACUUCACCGAAAGAGGAUGUUAUUUCACAAUUCCUCAAAGUCAGCAUCUCCAGGUUUCCCACGGAAGUUGGAUCUUGUGUCUUCUUCAUCACCAAAACCUGUUAAUACUGUAAUGGAGGGUGACGGCAAGGAAAACCGACCAGCCACACCAGUUAUGCUACUUGAUGAAGUACGGCCAAUUGAGCCAAGAAACUUACUUGGGAUGUUUGAUGCUGCCUGUGAAGAAGAACUCUAAAAUAUAUAUAUAUACACACACACACACUCACUCACAUUUUUUUCCUCAUGAAAGACUUUAUUUCAUCUCAAUCUGCCACACUUCAUCAUUAUUUCUCUCGAGUCUUCCAUAUAUAUCAAAUCACCUUUUCAGAUUUCUCUCAUCCCUCCUACUGUACAAUAAUCUACCAACUUACAAAUCUGUGUAAAUAAAGCAAGAGAUAAAAAAAAAAGUUGAAUUUUAAUACUUCUGAUACACAUUCACUUAUAUUUCCACAUGCACAUGUUAAAUUUUUUUUCUGUACUUUCUAAUGUUUCUGUCAUUCAAAGCUCUUUCAUGUUUACUUUUUUUUUUAAUGAUUAUUCUGUUUUGCUUCCAUACAGAAAAAUAAUUUGUAGCAUCUAUGUUUAAAAGAGAUAAGACAAAUCUACAAAAAAAAUCUGUGAUAUUCUCUCAGUUCCUGCCAUAUUGACUUUUUCUACAAUAUCAUUCCAUUUCUUGUAGGUUUUUGUUGAUACAAUCUACUCCCACUUCCUCAUAAUGUCUUACUAAAAGGCAGGGGAUAAAGGUUAUAGUUCAUCUUCAUAAUUUUUAACUGGACUAUGUCUUUAGUAUGUGUAUGUUUUACAGUUCAGCAGUUGUAAAUUUUUAAAUUAUGAACUUUGUGUUUAUUAUUAUGAAGGCUUCCUCAUAUAAAUUUAAUAUCUGCAUUUACAUGUGUACACACACACAGAAACACACAAACGCGCACACACACACACACACACACACAGAUAAAAUAGGUUGCUGUAAAUGGUUAGGUCUAUAACUUCUUUUGGCUAAGGGUCACUUUGAAAACUGGUGAAGAAUGGUUAGAAGCAAAGCAGACCACACUGGUUCUCUAUGACUCAUACUAAUCAGACAACUUAAUGACUCACCAGUCUUAGUUUAUGUUGCUAUAUGUUGUCUUCUAUUAUGUGACUGCAGUGGAAGCAAGAAACGAUUUAAGAAUUGCUAAAGGCAUCAACUAGCAAGUUAAAACUGUCAGAUUUACUGGUCACAAGCACAAUUUAUAUUAGUUUGAAGAAUUAGUAAGCCCUAUAGAGUGAAGCUAAGCUGUUGAGGAAUUGAGGCUGCAGAAGUUCUGAUUCCCAGCUGUAGUCAUUUUCACUCCCAAUCUUAAUUCCUAGAGUCGCUAACCACUGGGUAUAGCUUCACUGUUAUCAGUUUAUGAUGUAAUCGAAACCUUCUAAAGGGAAGUAAUUGCAGCUUACUGACUAGGUAGUUACCCCCCCUAACUGUCUACGUUUUCCACCAGCAAUGUUUUUAAUUCACUGAGAUAAAUUAUUUUCGUUUUGUAUAUUUUUCUUGUUCUGGUUUUUGUUGAUCCCUUUGUUUUUUGCCCUUUUCUCGUUUAAGAGUAAGUAAAAUCAUUUGCUGCGAUUUUGUAGAAAUAUUUCACACAUGUGAAUUUAUGAAAGAAUCUUUAUUGUUUUUUUUACAAAAAAAAAAAAGAAAAAAUUUUGCAGCCAACAGUUUUACUUUAAGAACCACAUGGUAGCUUCCUAGUUUUACUUUAUGUAAUUGUUAUAUUGAAGGAAAUGCUUCAACUCGGAUUAUUCAUUUAAAAGAAAAUUCUUUGUAGAAAUAAGGAUUUUGGUAAGUCAUUCACAUUGUGACUAACUGAGCUAAAGCUUUUGUUUCAUCAGCAUCAUGAAGUAAGGUGCAUUGUUUUCCAAGAACUUUGGAAAUUUAGUGAUGUAAUAAAUUAGUAUCUAAUUUGAUCUCAGUUCACUGGGGGAGUGCAAAAUCAUUGCACUUACAUUGGAUUCUUGAUUGAGUUGAAAAUCUAAUUGUUCAAGGGAAGAAGAACACUCAGCUCUUUAAGGUCCAAUAUGUUUCUUAUUUUAUUGAUGCCUAUUAAGAUCCAAUUGGUCUUAGACUUCUUUAACUGUAGAUAGACUAAACCCAAAUUCUGUACAGCAUAUUGUUUCACCAUCUUCAUAACAGUCAAUAUUGAAAUAUUUACUGGCUGCAAAAAGAAAUGAUUGUGACACAUUUGACAGUUUUAUAUUUCAUCCUUCUACAUUUUAAGUUCAAAUCCUGCUAGAGCAAUUUGACCAGUGUCAUGAAAACCAUCAGUAAUAUACUGGAGUUCAUUCAUCUUGUUUGAAAUCUAUGUACAUAUUAAACAGAACUUAAUAUUAAGUAGUCAGUGAGAUAUUCAGUAAUAUGUCUUGCAAUAUGUAAUGUAAUAUGUAAUGUAUAUCAUAUGAUGUAUAUACAUACAUAUAUGUGUAUCAUAUGAUAUAUGUAUGAGAUAUAAAAUGUAUAUGAAAUGUGUAUACUUGUAAGAUAUUUUCAUAUUUUUUGCAUGCUGCACUGCUUGAAAUAAUACCUUUAAGACCAUAUUGUAAAUAAACUAUCUUUUAAACUAAUUUUUUUUUUUUUGUAUAUAACCAAUGAUUUUAAUCUCCAUAAUAUGGAGAACUCUGUGCCUCAGUCUGAUUUUCUUCUGUUUUUUUUUGUACACUGACCUUAAUUUUGCACAUGGAAAAGAAAAAUAAAUUUUAUUCAUCCCUUGACAA